UCCUGGUCUUGGGUCUGCGCUCCAGCCUCCUCUGGCAUCGUCCAUCCUUUGCCCGAUCUUGCCCGCCAUCGCCGUCCUGCUCCCCGCCUCUCCUGCCCACCAUGAGCCGAUCGCAUCCUCCCCAGUUCCCCGAAAUCAUCGACUCCCGCUACAAGUUCAUCCGCGAGCUUGGCCAGGGCGCCUACGGUGUUGUGUGCGCUGCACGCAACAUCGAGACCGGCCAGGAAGUUGCCAUCAAGAAGGUCACCAAGGUCUUUGACAAAGCCAUCCUCGCCAAGCGAGCCCUGCGCGAAAUCAAGCUGCUCCGUCACUUCAACGGACACGAGAACAUCACAUCCAUUCUUGAUAUGGAGAUUGCCGACACCAACCAGUUCAACGAAGUCUUCUUGGUCCAGGAGCUCAUGGAGGCCGAUUUGCACCAAAUCAUCCGCUCCGAGCAGCCCCUGACCGACGACCACUUCCAGUACUUUGUCUACCAAAUGUGCCGUGGCCUCAAAUACAUCCACUCGGCCAACGUCCUCCACAGAGAUCUCAAGCCUGGAAACCUCCUCGUCAACGCUGACUGCGAGCUCAAGAUCUGUGACUUUGGCCUGGCUCGUGGAUAUUCGGACAGCUCGGACAACAACGCGGGAUUCAUGACCGAAUACGUCGCCACCCGAUGGUACCGCGCUCCCGAGAUCAUGCUUUCGUUCCGGAGCUACACCAAAGCCAUCGACAUGUGGUCGAUCGGCUGCAUAUUUGCCGAGCUGCUUGGUGGCAAGCCUCUGUUCAAGGGACGCGACUACGUCGACCAGCUCAACCAGAUUCUCAGCAUCCUUGGCACCCCCGAUGACGCCACCCUCCGAAGAAUCGGCAGUGAGCGGGCUCAGCUCUACAUCCGAAGCUUGCCUCGCAUGCCCAAGGUCCACUUCCACAAGCUCUACCCCAAGGCUACCCCUAACGCCCUGGAUCUCCUCGAGAAGCUGCUAAAGUUCGACCCCGCCGCCCGCAUCACUGUCGAGGAGGCCCUGGCCCAUCCUUACCUGGAGGCCUACCAUGAUGUCGACGACGAGCCCUCGCACGAGCAUCACUUUGACUUUUCGUUCGAGGCUGUCGACUCGAUGGAGGACAUGCGCAAAAUGAUCCUGCGUGAAGUCGUCGAGUUCAAGGCCCAGAAGCAGCCCUCGUCGACCUCGACCCUGCCCCGACCCGCCGAGCCCCUGCCUGGCCCAGACCGCGAGAGCACUUCCCGAGUACCUCGCGACAAGGAAGGCUUGGAUCCCUCGAGCGGAAUGGACGUCGAUGCUGAGCUUCGCAGAAGAGAGAACUAGGCUUCCCGCUCCCUCCCACUACGCCUCCCAUGUACAUAGCCGUCUCGGACAACUCUUGCUACUUGCCUCUCCGCCAUGCGGUGUCGGUUUUUUGGGGGGCGCGCAUUGCGUUCUUCUAGAGUAAUUAUUCUGAUCUGGCGGGGCCCGGCUACCGCCGAUCCACCAGCAUAAUCUACAUCUCUUUGCGUGAUCCUCUCCUUUUGUGCCGAUACGUCCCUGCGAUUGCUACGAUUCCCAGCCCCUCCCCUCUUCUUUCUAUUGCCCACUCUUUUCUUCAUGGCACUCGUCACAUGAGGCAGGAUGUCCUGUUUCCUGGAGUGCCUUUGGCCGUCUGUUCUGGUUUCUGAGUACACCGAUGUCCAACCGAUGUGCCCAACCGAUGUGUCCAACCGAUGUGUCCAAGAGUACGGGGUUCCCAAACACACCUUUGGCUUGUGUCCCGC